CCUCGGGGGACUCCAUCACGGAAAAGAGAUAUAAAAUCUCAACUCGGGCACUUGACGCAAACUCCUGGGGUUGUUUCUUUUCUCUUGUCCCUGUUUUUUGGGUCCUCAGUAGAUCUGAAAUUUUGAUUCUUUUCCAAGCACUUGAUUCACUCCGAUCUCUGAAUCUCUUGCUCCCCAUUCUUUGUAAGCUAGAGACAACUUAUAACAGAGAGAUUAUAUAUGAAACGAGAGAGCUUUUGAUUACUGUGGAAUGUGAGCCUAAUGGGGUCACGUAAACGAGCAAACUCUGCUUCUUCAUCCUUUCAGCGUAGUAUCGGCACUGCGAUCUCAGAAAUCCGCAAGAUGCAUCAAGAGGAACUAGAUAGCUUAACACUAACUACACAACCCUUCAGAACAUUGAAGUUCUUCAUUUUGUAUGUACUUCAGUAUGUUAAGAGUUCAAUGUCGUAUUUGUUGGCUAGACGUGGCUGGCUCAUGCUGUUGAGUGCUGUGGCAUCAUCUCUUGGAAUUCUUCUAGCGACCAUUGACGGCCCCCAUGAGAAACAUUUCGAGGAGCUUUUCAAAUAUUUCCAAUUUGGGUUAUGGUGGGUGGCCCUUGGAGUUGCAUCUUCGAUUGGUCUUGGAUCGGGUUUGCACACCUUUGUCCUAUAUCUGGGUCCUCAUAUUGCAUUCUUUACUAUAAAGGCUAUGCAGUGUGGCCGAGUUGAUUUAAAAAGUGCUCCUUAUGAUACAAUACAACUAUAUAGUGGUCCUUCAUGGCUUGACAAAAACUGCUCUGAGUUUGGUGCCCCAUUGUUUUCUUCAUCGCAUGGAUUGCGGGUUCCACUAAGCAGCAUAUUACCACAAGUCCAAUUAGAGGCUGUUUUAUGGGGUAUUGGGACUGCAAUUGGAGAACUUCCUCCAUAUUUCAUCUCAAGAGCAGCAAGCUUAGCUGGUAACCAGAUCGAUGAAUUGAAAGAAUUGGAUACCUCCUCAGAUGAAGUAAAAGGGUACAUAGCUACUCGCCUAUAUCAAAUCAAACGCUGGCUUCUGUCACACUCGCAGCAAUUGAACUUCUUUACAAUCUUAGUGCUUGCUUCGGUGCCAAAUCCUCUUUUUGACCUAGCAGGCAUUAUGUGUGGACAAUUUGGGAUUCCAUUUUGGAAAUUCUUUCUGGCAACAGUGAUUGGAAAGGCUAUUAUUAAAACCCACCUGCAGACCGUUUUCAUUAUCUCAGUUUGCAACAAUCAACUUCUAAAUUGGAUAGAGAAUGAAUUGAUUUGGGUAUUCAGUUUCAUACCUGGUUUUGCUGCUGUCCUGCCCAACCUCAUUGCUAAAAUUGAUGGAGCAAAAGAGAAGUAUUUGACAGCUUCUUACUCCCGAUCUCCAAAUAUCAAGGUGAAAACGUGGGAUUUCUCAUUUGCAUCAAUCUGGAACACUUUGGUAUGGCUUAUGCUAUUGAACUUUUUUGUCAAGAUUGUCACUUCAAUGGCCCAGAGUUAUCGGAAGAAAGAGCAGGAGAAGGAGCUUGCUUUGUUGACAAGUUAGUCAUAGAACAUUACAUUUGCUUGAUGACGCUGCUCCGGUUUCCUUAUGUACUUUUCCCUACUGCCUUUUUUACAAGCAGUAACUCUAGAGACAACUUAAGAGGCAUGAUUGGUAUCUCCCCCAAAAUACUCUAGGCAUCAAAGUCCUUGUUAGAAACUUGUAUAGGAUCACAAUCAAGAUGGAGAACUGUAGAAGUUGCAGGUUUAUUAUGUCUUAGUUUUGGGGGGAGCAUUAUUUAGGGUGGUUUUUUCUUUACCCCCAUUAUCAACAAAUGUUGAAAUCUAGACAUUUGAAACCUUACUAUUCUUUGCAAUGGAGUGCAAAACAAGGCAAGACAAUGUCUACAACUUGGAGAUUUAUCAAUACAGUUAGUCUUAUUGCUUUC